GGGCAGUUCUAUCGCUGGCAUCGUCAUUGGAAUAAUUGUGGUUGUCGCCAUUCUGGUCUUUGUUUGUGUCCUCAUUAAAAAACACCAGACUAGGAGAGCAGGAAGGGUGUUGAACAGCGUCCCUGCCACCACAGUCACCACCGUACACCAGGGACCACCACCACCACAACCACCACAAGGAAUUGGUUAUGGUGGUCCUGGGAUGUCCCAGCCGUACAACCCUAACGCAGGCUACCCUCCUCCCGGUCCCCCUACCUAUCCACCCCCUCCGGGCCCGGGGGCUGGUUACCCGCCACCAAGUUAUCCCCCACCGAAAUACUAG